UCAAUGAGAAGAGUAGUUGUUACAGGAAUGGGAAUGGUAUCUCCAUUAGGUUUAAAUGUAUCUGAAUCAUGGAAUAGUCUACUUACAGGAAAAAGUGGUGUUGUCAAAGUGAAAGAUAGAAAUAAAGAUUUACCAGAUGUUUAUAUGGGACUUAUACCAUAAUCAUUUGAUAGCAAACCAUAUUAAGUUGAAUAUUGUCCUAGUAAUUUGACCUCUUAUGCUAUGUGUGCUGCAUAAGAAGCCAUUACAGAUUCAAGUGUACUCAAUGAUUGUGAUCCAGAUAGAAUUGUAAUUUGAUUCCAUCUUACAUUUUUAGGGUGUCAAUAUUGGAGUGAUGAAUUCAAGCAUGACUAAAAUUACAGAAAUUAUUAGUAAUGCAGCCUUGAAAGGUAAUAGUAGAAUCAAUCCAUUUACAAUGCUCUAUGUAUUAUCUAAUAUGCCAACUGCAUUAUUAACCAUUAAAUAUAAACUUAAAGGUCCAAGUAGUACAGCAUCAACAGCAUGUGCAACAGGAGCAUCAGCCAUUGGAGAUUCUUUUAGAAAAAUUAAAUAUGGUGAUGCUGAUGUAAUGAUAGCUGGAGGAACAGAAGAUACUUUCAAUACUACAGCUAUAUAUGCUUCAAUCAAAAUGUAAGCUAUGUCAACAAAAAUUUAUGAUGAUCCUACAAGAGCCUCAAGACCUUUUGAUGAAGACAGGUCUGGAUUCUUAUUAGCAGAAGGAAGUGGAAUCUUAGUAUUGGAAGAAUAUGAGAGAGCAAAGAGAAGAGGAGCUAAAAUAUAUGCUGAGAUAUUGGGAUAUGGUGAAAGUAGUGAUGCAUUUCAUUUGACUAGACCUUAAGAUAAUGGAGAAGGUGGAAAAGCUGCAAUGUUAAAAGCAAUGAAGGAAGCUAAAAUUAAUGAUGUAGAUCUCAUUAAUUGUCAUGCUACAUCUACAAAAGGAGGGGAUAUAGCAGAGGCUAGAGCUAUUGCUGAUUCUAAAGCUAUUUUAGUUGCUAAUAAAAGUUAACUAGGUCAUACUUUUGGAGCAGCUGGUGCUAUUGAAUCUAUUUUCACCAUAAAAUCCUUAUAAGAAUAAAUUGUUCCUCCAACUAUCAAUCUUGAUAAACCUAUAAUUAGAGAUAAUCAAUAUUGUAAAGAAGCCACAGAGAGAACAUUAAAAUAUGCUUUAAAAAAUGCUUUUGGAUUUGGAGGUGUCAAUGUUUCUCUUGCAUUUGGUAAAUACAAUUGAUU